AUGGAUUUCGGUGGCGUGGGUGCUUUUCUUUCUGCUGUCGGUGGAAUCAAGCCUCUGCAUGAAGAAGCUGUUGUCUAUGUUUCAAUUGCCAUAUUGAUUGUUAUCUUUUGCGUCCAACGAUUCGGCACGGAUAAAGUGGGGUACACAUUUGCUCCGGCCAUUUGCUUAUGGUUUCUCUUCAUAAGUGGGAUCGGGUUGUACAACUUAUUUAAACAUGAUUUGGGAGUCUUAAGAGCCUUCAAUCCUAAAUACAUUUUUGAUUACUUCAAAAGAAACGGUAAAAGAGGAUGGGUAUCUCUAGGCGGUGUUGUUCUCUGUAUCACAGGAACUGAGGCUAUGUUUGCUGAUUUAGGCCACUUUAAUGUACGGGCUGUCCAAAUAAGUUUCUCAGGGAUUGUAUUUCCUUCUCUAUUGGCGGCAUACAUUGGACAAGCUGCAUAUCUUACCAAGUUCCCUGAAAAUGUAGCACACACUUUCUAUGAUUCUAUACCAGGUCCAAUUUAUUGGCCGACAUUCGUUGUGGCUAAUGCUGCUGCGAUAAUUGCAAGUCAAGCUAUGAUAUCGGGAUCAUUUGCAAUAAUAUCCCAGUCACUGAGCCUAGGGUGUUUCCCAAGGGUGAAAGUUGUUCACACUUCAGCAAAGUACGAGGGGCAAGUCUAUAUACCCGAGAUCAACUACAUUCUCAUGGUUGCAUGUGUCAUUGUUACUUAUGGUUUCAAGACCACCGAAAAGAUCGGCAAUGCUUAUGGCCUUGCGGUUGUUUCCGUGAUGCUCAUAACUACAUCUCUUGUUACAUUGAUAAUGCUCCUCAUCUGGAAGACCAAAAUUUGGUGGAUAACCUUAUUCGUGGUCGUUUUCAUGUCUAUAGAGCUUUUGUACUUUUCGUCUGUUUUGUACAAGUUCACCCAAGGCGGCUACCUUCCGCUAGCGUUCUCUCUCGUGCUUAUGAUAAUGAUGGGUGUGUGGCAUUACACUCACCAACAACGUUACUUGUUCGAGCUUAAUCACAAGGUUUCUAACGUUUACGUGAGCGAUCUGGCUAAAAACGAGGCUAUAAGUAGAAUCCCGGGAAUCGGGCUUUUGUACUCCGAACUUGUGCAAGGAAUCCCACCGAUAUUUCCUCACUUCAUUUCAAAUAUUCCCUCGAUUCACUCGGUGGUGGUAUUUGUCUCCAUAAAGUCAAUCCCUAUCAGCAAAGUUGUUUUGGAGGAGAGGUUUCUAUUCCGACAGGUCGAGCCGAGAGAAUACAGAGUGUUCCGGUGCGUUGUGAGAUAUGGAUACAAAGAUAUCAUAGAGGAGCCGCACGAGUUCGAAAGGCAGCUUGUGGAGAAUUUGAAAGAGUUUAUCAGGCACGAGAAUUUCAUGCUCGAAAGUGGUCCUGUUGAAGAAUUAGUGCCCGAGAAUUCUGUAAAGGCCAGAAAAUCGAGUGCUUCUACUGUUCAUAUAGAAGAAGCGUUGGAUCAACAAAUACCACCGCAGAGGAUUUCGUCGAGCUCUAUCCAAUCAAUGAUCAGUGCAUCACAUUCAUCCAAUAAUAAUAAUAAUAAUAGGAAUAUUGUUCAAGGGGUGGACGAAGAGUUGCGGUUUGUUCAGACAGCGAUGGAUCAAGGCGUGUUUUAUCUGAUUGGAGAAGCGGAAGUGGUGGCGAAGCAAGACUCGUCGUUGCUACAUAAGUUUGUGAUAAACUACGCGUAUAGUUUCUUGAGGAAGAACUUCAGACAAGGGGAGAAAGUUUUGGCCAUACCUCGUACCAGGCUUCUUAGAGUUGGAAUGACGUAUGAAAUGUGAGAGGCCGCCGGGGCUU